GCCAUAUCAUAACAAACAACCCCAAAUUUCUCUCAAUUUCAAAGCCAUCAAAUCCCAUAAUUUCACUCUUCCAAUGGCUCUUUCUUCAUUACCAAAUUUCAUCCAUUUCCCCAACUCAUUCUCAAUCUCAAACUCCAACAACCUCAACGUUGCCUCUAUUCACAGUACAACAAAUAGUUACCUCCCUCCGCCGCUGUCGGCCAAGCGUCGACCCUCUCUGUGCGUAAAAUGCCAUGGCAGUCCCGAGUUGGAAAAUAAAGACGACGACGAUGACGACCCUCUUGAAACAAUCAAUAAACUUUACAAAGGCAUAAAGAAGAAAGACAUUGCAGACUUGUCUAAUGUAAUAGCUAAUCGACGUCCGGAUAUCUUCAAUUCCAUUCCUUUUCUUCAAACCAAUUUGAAAAUGUGGAGUUUGAUGUCUAAUAUUAUAAAGGGAUUACAAGAUAGCUUAGUAUUUUCAGUGCAGCCAACAACAAAAGAUGGAUCGAUGGUGGGCAUUAAAUGGAAAGUAGGGUGGCAUAAACCACUGAUGGAGUCGAAAGAGGGAGUCAGUAUCCAUUCUCACCAUAGCUAUGUUGGAAAGUUGCUUAUUGGAAACUUCGAGAUGUUAUUGGAUCCUCUUCUUCAGCUUGGACCGAUGAAAACGAUGAAAUGGAUUGAGGCUUCAAAGUCAAAAGAGAGGAGAAUUGCAUCUCUGUGUUUGGGUUUUUUCCUCCUCCUCGUGUCGCUCUUUUGUCUCCAGUUUUCUGUUCGUUAAUUUCCGGAGAAUAAUAAAAAACCCUAAACUCUAAUUCACUACU